GCGGUGGCGGUGGCAACGGCAGCUUGCAGCCUCUCUGGAGAGACGGAGGCUGGGCUGGGUUUACAGUCCAAAGUUUUCCCACCAGGAUUUGCCCACCCCACCUCCUCUCUGGAUACGUCCUCGCCUUGUCCUCUUUGCCACGACGCCUGCAGGUGGUGGGACAGAAAACAUCGAGGCAUAAGAUGAAGCUGUGACAGCUUUCUGAAAGGAGAGUAUUAUCGUCCCAUCUUUUACAGAUGGGGAAGCUGAGACCUAGAGGGGUAACUUUUUCAAGAUUGCAUAGAAGAGUCAGGAUUUGAAUAUAGUUCUUCUGACUGUUUGAAAGCACAAUGGCAGGAAACAGCCUUGUUCUACCCAUCGUUCUUUGGGGUCGCAAAGCACCAACCCACUGCAUCUCAGCAGUACUUUUAACAGAUGAUGGGGCCACGAUCGUGACUGGAUGCCAUGAUGGGCAAAUAUGUCUCUGGGAUCUUUCAGUAGACUUGGAAGUUAAUCCUCGAGCACUGUUAUUUGGUCACACAGCUUCAAUCACCUGUUUAUCUAAAGCUUGUGCUUCUAGUGACAAACAGUAUAUUGUGAGCGCAUCCGAGAGUGGAGAGAUGUGCCUCUGGGACGUGAACGACGGCAGAUGUAUUGAAUUUACAAAAUUAGCUUGCACACAUACUGGCAUACAGUUCUACCAGUUCUCUGUUGGAAAUCAGAGAGAAGGAAGGCUUCUGUGCCAUGGCCAUUAUCCCGAAAUCCUCGUGGUGGAUGCCACCAGCCUUGAGGUGUUGUACUCCUUAGUAUCAAAGAUCUCUCCAGAUUGGAUUAGCUCCAUGAGUAUUAUUCGAUCCCAUCGAACACAAGAGGACACUGUGGUGGCGCUCUCAGUGACGGGCAUCUUGAAGGUGUGGAUUGUUACCUCGGAAAUAAGUGGCCUGCAGGAUACUGAGCCAAUAUUUGAAGAGGAGUCCAAACCAAUUUAUUGUCAGAAUUGCCAAAGCAUCUCUUUUUGUGCAUUCACACAGAGGUCGCUUCUGGUUGUGUGCUCCAAGUAUUGGAGGGUAUUUGAUGCUGGGGACUACUCCCUGUUGUGCUCAGGUCCGAGUGAAAAUGGACAGACGUGGACUGGAGGUGACUUUGUCUCGGCAGAUAAAGUCAUCAUUUGGGCUGAAAAUGGGCAAAGUUUUAUUUACAAACUACCUGCCAGUUGCCUUCCAGCUAGUGAUUCAUUCCGCAGUGAUGUGGGGAAAGCAGUUGAAAAUUUAGUUCCUCCGGUACAACAUAGCCUCUUGGAUCGAACAGAUAAAGAGUUGCUAAUUUGUCCUCCUGUUACUCGGUUCUUCUAUGGAUGUAAGGAAUACUUCCACAAACUAUUGAUUCAGGGUGAUUCUUCUGGAAGAUUGAAUAUUUGGAACAUAUCAGACACACCUGAUAAACAGGAAGAGCUGGAAAUGACAACUUCUGUUAGUUUGCAAGAGGCAUUUGAUAAACUGAAUCCUUGUCCUGCCGGAAUUAUAGAUCAGCUGAGUGUCAUUCCCAAUAGUAAUGAACCUCUGAAGGUGACCGCAAGUGUGUACAUACCAGCCCACGGGCGACUCGUUUGUGGCCGUGAAGAUGGAAGCAUCGUUAUUGUACCUGCCACGCAGACAGCCAUAGUGCAACUGCUGCAAGGGGAGCACAUGCUCCGCAGAGGUUGGCCACCUCACAGGACACUCCGUGGUCAUCGGAACAAAGUCACGUGUUUGUUGUAUCCGCAUCAGGUCUCAGCUCGUUAUGAUCAAAGGUAUCUGAUAUCUGGAGGCGUGGAUUUUUCGGUCAUAAUUUGGGACAUUUUUUCUGGAGAAAUGAAACACAUCUUCUGUGUCCAUGGUGGCGAGAUUACUCAGCUUCUGGUUCCACCUGAAAACUGCAGUGCAAGAGUGCAGCACUGCAUCUGCUCUGUAGCCAGUGACCACUCGGUAGGACUUCUAAGUUUGCGAGAGAAAAAAUGCAUUAUGCUGGCAUCUCGUCAUCUUUUCCCCAUUCAAGUAAUCAAGUGGAGGCCUUCUGACGAUUACCUAGUAGUGGGAUGUUCAGACGGCUCCGUGUAUGUCUGGCAAAUGGAUACCGGUGCACUGGACCGGUGUGUGAUGGGGAUCACAGCAGUAGAGAUACUGAAUGCUUGUGAUGAAGCAGCUCCCGCUGCCGUUGACUCACUUAGUCACCCAGCAGUCAACUUAAAACAAGCUAUGACACGACGCAGUCUUGCUGCUCUUAAAAACAUGGCCCAUCAUAAGCUACAAACUCUUGCAACUAACCUCUUGGCUUCUGAGGCAUCUGACAAAGGAAAUUUACCUAAAUAUUCUCAUAACUCCCUGAUGGUUCAAGCAAUAAAGACAAACCUAACAGACCCGGACAUACAUGUGCUUUUCUUUGAUGUGGAAGCGUUGAUUAUUCAACUCCUGACUGAAGAAGCCUCUAGGCCGAAUACUGCGCUUAUUUCCCCAGAGAAUCUGCAAAAAGCAGCUGGCGGUUCAGACAAAGGGGGCUCUUUUUUAACUGGAAAACGAGCAGCAGUUCUCUUCCAACAAGUGAAAGAAACUAUCAAAGAGAACAUAAAGGAACAUCUCCUUGAUGAUGAAGAGGAGGAUGAGGAGAUAAUGAGACAGAGGCGGGAAGAAAGUGAUCCCGAAUAUCGGGCCAGCAAAUCUAAGCCACUGACCCUGUUAGAAUAUAAUCUGACUAUGGACACAGCAAAAUUGUUCAUGUCCUGCCUUCAUGCCUGGGGUUUGAAUGAUGUUCUGGAUGAAGUCUGUCUUGAUCGCCUUGGAAUGCUGAAACCCCACUGCACAGUAUCGUUCGGCCUCUUAUCGAGAGGGGGUCAUAUGUCACUGAUGCUUCCUGGUUAUAAUCAGGCUGCUUGUAAACUAUCACAUGGGAAAGCAGAAGUAGGAAGGAAGCUGCUGGCGACGGAGGGAGUAGGAAAGGGAACUUACGGAGUGUCCCGGGCCGUCACCACACAACAUCUCCUGUCUAUCAUAUCUUUGGCAAAUACCUUAAUGAGUAUGACCAAUGCAACUUUUAUUGGUGAUCAUAUGAAGAAGGGCCCUACCAGGCCACCUAGACCAGGCACCCCAGACCUUUCUAAGGCAAGGGGUUCUCCUCCAACUUCCAGUAAUAUUGUGCAAGGACAGAUUAAACAAGUUGCUGCACCUGUCGUUUCUGCUCGGUCUGAUGCUGAUCACUCUGGCUCUGACCCUGCUUCUACUCCUGCUUUACAUACCUGUUUCUUAGUAAAUGAAGGAUGGAGUCAGUUGGCUGCUAUGCAUUGUGUUAUGCUGCCAGACCUGCUGGGAUUGGACAGAUUUAGGCCCCCACUUCUAGAGAUGCUGGCUCGGAGAUGGCAAGAUCGAUGCUUGGAGGUCAGAGAAGCCGCACAGGCCCUGCUUCUAGCAGAACUGAGAAGAAUUGAGCAGGCGGGACGGAAGGAGGCCAUUGAUACCUGGGCUCCUUACUUACCUCAGUACAUGGACCACGUCAUGUCACCUGGGGUCUCAGCAGAAGCCAUGCAGACUAUUACCACUGCUCCUGAUGCCUCAGGGCCAGAAGCCAAAGUCCAAGAGGAAGAGCACGACCUUGUGGAUGAUGACAUCACCACUGGUUGCUUAUCAAGUGUCCCACAAAUGAAAAAAAUUUCCACAUCUUAUGAGGAAAGACGAAAGCAAGCUACUGCUAUUGUUUUACUAGGAGUAAUAGGAGCUGAAUUUGGUGCAGAAAUUGAACCUCCUAAACUGCUGACCAGACCUCGAAGCUCUAGUCAAAUUCCUGAGGGAUUUGGUUUGACUAGUGGUGGAUCCAACUACUCACUGGCCAGACAUACUUGUAAGGCACUGACAUUUCUUCUGCUGCAGCCACCAAGCCCCAAACUUCCUCCACACAGUACGAUCCGAAGAACAGCCAUUGAUCUGAUUGGACGUGGUUUCACAGUUUGGGAGCCUUACAUGGAUGUGUCUGCUGUCCUGAUGGGGCUUCUUGAACUUUGUGCUGAUGCCGAGAAACAACUUGCCAACAUCACAAUGGGGCUGCCUCUGAGCCCUGCAGCUGACUCUGCCCGCUCCUCGAGGCAUGCCCUGUCUCUCAUUGCCACGGCCAGACCACCCGCCUUCAUCACGACUAUAGCCAAAGAGGUGCACAGACAUACUGCUCUUGCAGCAAAUACCCAAUCCCAGCAGAAUAUGCACACCACAACUCUUGCCCGAGCUAAAGGGGAAAUUCUGAGAGUCAUUGAAAUUCUUAUUGAAAAGAUGCCCACGGAUGUCGUGGAUCUUCUCGUGGAGGUUAUGGACAUCAUUAUGUACUGCCUUGAAGGAUCUUUAGUUAAAAAGAAAGGUCUUCAGGAAUGUUUCCCAGCCAUCUGCAGGUUCUACAUGGUCAGCUAUUAUGAGCGGAAUCACAGAAUAGCAGUUGGAGCUCGCCAUGGUUCAGUGGCCCUGUACGAUAUCCGGACUGGAAAGUGUCAGACAAUCCAUGGUCACAAGGGACCCAUCACUGCCGUGGCCUUUGCUCCUGAUGGACGAUAUCUUGCCACCUACUCAAACACAGACAGCCACAUUUCCUUCUGGCAGGCUCCUGCUGUUGCCUCCGGGCUUCGCCAAGUGCAGUUAACCCUGCGCAUCUGUCCACGCGGCUCUGCCCAGCUCCUUUCCUUCGUCUGCACUCUCUUCUCCAGGGGCACCUUGUGUUACUUGCAGGGGUGGGUGUUCAGCAGACAGAGCACCCAAGCAACUCAGGCAACACCCAGGUCUUUCUUGCCUCUAAACCCAAUGUCAGAAUUUAAAAUGUGGCCCAUUUCUUCCCUGCUUAAAUUAUACCCAGCUUGGUCUUCAAAUUUAAGUGGAAGACACAGAAAUAUCAUUUCAACUUUCUCAAGAAAAUACAAUAAAACCUCUUCCAGAAGUGUAGUGGGUUUUUAUUUGAAUUAAAGGGAGUCCAAAAAGCAGUGUUAGAUCUACCGUGGCUCUCCCCAAAUGGGCUUGGCUGAUUUAUUUAUAUACAUAUUGUUUAGGUCUAAUGAUGUAUGAUAAUACUUUUAUAUGAUUCCAGUAAAUGUACUGCAAUAUAUUUUGAAAACUUAAUGAAGCCUUAUUAUAUAGAGAGCCUUACGAAAGCCAUCAGCUAUUAAAAUCUUUGCUGAGAAAUGAGUGUUAAUGAGAAUUACUGGUUGGAUAAUUACUCAAGUGAGAUUUAGUAAAAGGUUUGGGUGCAACAUCACUUGCACUGAGAAUAGCAUUAAAACACUUCCUGUUUUGAUGAAUUACAUCUGUAUGUAUGUCUGUGUGUUCAGAAAAUAAUCUUCUCAGAACUGGUCUUGUGAAGCAUUAUUUUUAAAGGGAAGGAAAAAGCCAUGGUGGCCGUUAGUUCGUUUACACACUCAGCCGCUAAAUGAUGUAAUUUGGCAAUCUCUCAAGCCCUUUGAUUCUCCAACAACAUAUUCCUACUAUUUGAAUGUUUCACUUCAGUGUAUCCAUUGGUAUUUGAGCCAGGAGAGUUUAGAAAUGAAAUACAACCAUCAUUCUCUCACCUGAAUUUUACCACCACCCUCCAGCAAUUAAGUAUCCUCUUCCAGGAAUGCUAAUAAUAAAUUAGAUGGAUAUUGGUUUCAUUUAGUUUUCUUUAUUCCAUCAUACAAUAGAAUACUACUCAGCCAUUUUAAAAGGAUGAUGUAAAUCUAUAGUCGUUAACGUGAAAAGAUUGCCCUCAACGUUCUGUUGAACGAAAAAAGCGGAGUGUGCAACUGCCUUUUAAUAUGAGCCUGUUUAUGUAAAACUCCUUAAACCUGCUUCUCCUUAUGUGGAUAUAGGCUUGGAGAUCUGGGAAGAGGUUUACCAAAAGGUUAGUGAUUGUCUCUGGGAAAUGAUAUUUCAGAGGAUUUUUGCUUUCUUUUUUAUACUUCUCUUUAUCAUUUGAAUUUUCCACGAUGAGUAUUUAUUAUCUUGGUAGUGAAGAAAAAAGCUAAUGUGACCAAAUAUCAUAAUUCCAUGUAUUUUUCAUUCAUGCAGGACUCAGAUUGCCUUUACUUAUGCCAGUAAAUUUGUAGCCAGUCUCUGAUCAAAUAUGAAUAUCGAAUAACAAAAUGGCUAGUUGUUUUGGUGAGAGUUCUUCGAUGGAGCUUACUGGAAAAAUCAAAACCCACCCUUACUGGUCUUACAGAUUUAUCUCUUAUUUGAAGAGAUCAUAGGAAAAGGAUGGUCUGAGGAACAACAAAUUAUACUUAACAUGAGAGUCUUUGUCUUUCCAUCUGUUUUCUACCAUAAUCGUUAUGUACUGUGUAGAAUUUCACAUAGCCCUGUUCUGAGGCAGGAAGGCUGUUUGACCCUAACAAAACAUUUAUCAGUCAUUUGACGGAUGAUUCAACUUGCAAGGAGAGCCCAGCUAUAAUAAUGGAACUUUUUGGGAAAUCUUUCCGCCUGUCACAUUCCAAUAAGAUGUUCUCUCCCUGCCCACUUGAGCCUUCAGCCCACUUCUUGUACGUGGCUAAAUUUGAAGGAAGGACUUAAAAAUAAGGAUGUGUCUGAGCCUAUCGGAUGCCCCUAGCUUUUUGAGCCACCAGCAGAAAUCAAGCUUCAUACACAUUUUCAUAGAAAAUCCAUAAAGAAUGAAAAAUACUUUGUAGUUAUUUAUCAACUGAGAAAUUAGAUUUUUAAAAAGCACAGUGUGCCUGUUGAUGCCAGUUCAUUUUAACCGGCAAUUUUCUGCAUCAUUUGGAUCUGCUCUGUAAGAGGACUAAAUAAUGAUGUACUGUUACUCUUUGUACAAGUGAGAACUAGCAAAUCAAGCUCGCCAUCAUUAUUUAUAUUUAAGCUAUUUGGGAACCUCCAGAAAGCAAUAAGGCCCUGAUUUUUAUCUUUUAUGGAGUUUUUGGAAAAAGGAGGGAAGGACGCAAGGAAAGAGGUUCUUAGAGGAUGACGGUAAGGUACUGCCUGGCUUUACAUGUUAACUGCACUUUAACAGAAAGAGUUAAUGAUAAUCAUACAUUUGGUUUUAAAAUGUGACCUCGUACACUAGUGAUUUUUUUUCACCUCUGUGUUGUGUUCGGCACUAUUAUUAAUGCAGGAAAAUCAGUAACAUUAGUCAUCUUAAAAGGGUUAUUACUCAAGAUGAUUUAAAUUGUGAAAAUGUCAGUGGAGCCUGCACGUGUCCUGCCAGAGAUGCCAUGAUUUACACCCCCUGACACCAUCCUGCUUCUGAGAAGGGCCAGGAAAGGAAUGGCUUAAAUAUUUCGCACUGAUCCAAAUGCAGAGCAUGAUAUCAGCAAUAACACACCUUAAAUGUCCUAGGACGUGCCAAGGUUUCCUGUGUCAACCGUGUGUACACAUUGGAGCAUAAUCUGCAUGCUUGAAGCAAGUCCCUAGAAUCACGUACAUUCAGGUGGAGGUACUGCUGGAGAGAAGAAUUGGACAUGAAAAUUAGUGCAAAGAAAAAUAUUAUUUCCAAGCCCUCUUUCCUGAUGGUCAGUGUGCUUGCCACGUGAUUUGUAAUAGCACAAAAGAUGAAUAUUGAAAAAAUGUUAAGUAAUAUUUAGAAUCUAAAGGAUUCUUCAGACUCAGUCGCUCAGAUGACAGUUCACUUAGAUAACGGCCAUUCAGCAUUUAGCACUUCGACAUGAAUGCAUAGUUGUUCAUGAGCCAUAAUUUCCAUGUUAUUUUCCAUUUACGUGAACGAAUUAAGAGAACUUAAGACUCAAGUCAAAGCCAGAAAGGCUGCCCAAAAAGCAGAAAUCACUAGCCGAUUAAAACCUCCUGCCAAUAAAGUGUCAAGAGUGUGCUCUCUUUAGCGUGGCCGCAGAACAGUGGGCCACACAUGCAGGGUUGAGAGGCCGUUGAUUCUUGCUUUUUCCUUCAAAAUAAGCUAGAGCUUUCCAGAGUUUGGAGUUUUUAAAAAGCAGGUGAGGAGGGAAGGUGUGGUAGGUGGACUGGAGAAGGGGGGUAAGUUUUGAGCUUUGAUCUGGUCACCUAUUACUCUGUCUACUGCUUAACUUUGCUUCAUUUUCUCAAACUAAUUCUAAGUCCCCAGACUUGCCUUUGGGGGCUCAUUCUUCAGGGGAUGCAGUGAGCACCAUUACUAAAGAACAGAGAAGUCUGCCAUUUGAAAUACCCACUGCUUCCAAAUAUUGUCUGAUUGGACCGUUUUAUUAACAUGUGUCAUUUAGCCGCCUUCUUAAAGAUGGAUGGGCUUUCCUGCUGUCCAGUUCUACCCGCCAGGUAAAAUUUCUGCGGGUUUACGCAUUUGCUGUAACAGCAUGAGAACAAUUUCAGAUACACUGAAAGGAGCCCUUUAGAGGUUAACAAUAGACUCUUAGAUGACCGUGAAGCCUCAUGAUGGAGGAGAAAGUGACCGCAAGGGUGUGUCCCUCGAACCCCUCUCUGUGGCGGGGAAAGGGAAGCGGUUCCUGCAGUGACACGUGUGCUCUCCUGUCCCCGUGUCCCUCCAGAUGAACACCUCCCUGUUGGGGAGCAUCGGCAUGCUGAACUCGGCGCCCCAGCUGCGCUGUAUUAAGACCUACCAGGUGCCCCCCGUGCAGCCGGCGUCCCCCGGCUCCCACAAUGCC